GGUCGCGGUCGCCGCUUCCCACUCGCCCUCCUCAGCGUCGCGGAGAUGGAAAAAAAAAGGGGGAGGAGGAGUGAUGGCAGCGCCGGCUGAUUGAGGGCGCGGGCUUCCGUGAGCUCCACCCGGCUGCCUCUCCGUGCUCGCCCAUGCUGCUUCCGCCUAGGCUGCGGAGGGCCAUGCGGCCGAGGGCUGAGGCCGUCCUCUUCCUUUUCCUCCUUCUCCUCCCCUCCCUCGGCAGUAGUCGGAGCCCCCAGUCACCAGAAGGAGCAGAGGCGCUUGAGUGCAGCGGCGAGAGGAGCUGAAGCCAAAUCGCGCCCCGUGCCAAGAGCCCCGGGCGGAGGAGAGAAAAUGCUGCUGUCGCUGCUGCUGCACACUUACUCCUUGCGCUACGUGCUGCCCGCCGCUGUGAUGCUGGGCACCGCGCCCACCUACAUCCUGGCCUGGGGGGCCUGGCGGCUGCUCUCGACCCUGCUGCCCGCCCGCUUCUACCACCAUGUAGACGACCGGCUCUACACUAUCUACCAGAGCAUGGUGCUCUUCUUUUUCGAGCACUACACCGGCGUGCAGAUAAUUCUGUAUGGUGAUUUGCCAAAAAAUAAAGAGAAUGUGGUAUGGAUAUCAAAUCAUCAAAGUGCAGUUGAUUGGAUAAUAGCAGAUAUGUUGGCCAUCAGGCAAAAUACUCUUGGACAUAUUCGAUAUGUUUUGAAAGAUGGAUUAAAAUGGCUUCCUUUGUACGGGUGGUAUUUUUCUCAGCAUGGUGGAAUGUAUGUGAAACGAAGUGCCAGAUUUAAUGAAAAGAAAAUGAGGAACAAGUUGCAUAUGCAGAUGAAAACAAAAACUCCAAUGUACUUUGUGAUUUUCCCAGAAGGAACACGUUACGAUCCAGAGCAGCCCAAAGUCAUUGCAGAUAGUCAGGCAUAUGCUGAUAAGGAAGGUCUCCCAGUACUGAAACAUGUCCUUACUCCACGGGUGAAGGCCACUCACGUUGCUAUUGAUUCAAUGAAGAGCUACUUAGAUGCAGUUUAUGAUAUUACAGUAGCCUAUGAAGGUACUAUAGACCAUAAAGGACAAAGGAAAUUGGCACCAUCCAUGACCGACUUUCUUUGUAAGGAGUGCCCAAGACUUCAUAUCUAUUUUGAACGAAUUGAACUAGAAGACAUUCCAAAAGAACAAAUAUUUAUGAGAAGAUGGCUUCAUGAACGUUUUGAAGUCAAGGACAAAUUGCUAAUAGAAUUUUAUGAUGCAAAAGAUUCUAAAAGAAGAAAUAGGUUCCCUGGGAAAAGUGUUCAUUCCAAACUAAGUCUCCAGAAAACAGUGCCAUCCUUAUUAUUUUUAAGCGGCUUGACUGCCAGCAUGCUACUGACAGAGUCUGGAAGGAAACUUUACAUCAAAACAUGGAUAUAUGGGAGCUUAUUAGGCUGUCUUUGGGUCAGUAUUAAAGCAUAAAAACUGCACUUUCAUUCAGUGGCUUUUCUCUCUUGCUUUGCACAUAGCAUCAAAUUCUUUCUUAAAUUUAUAUUAAACAUUUAAAUAAAUUCUUAUCAAUUGAA